AUGUUAUUCAAUAAUAUUCAAACUUUUUCAUUCAAAAAUAUCAAUAUCAAUAAUUUAAAUAAAAUUAAAAAAGAAACUGAAAAUUCAAAUUCAAAUUAUUCUUUAAAUAGUAUAAAUUCCAACAAAAUACAAACUAAUUUAUUUACCAGACCAAAUUGGUCAAUUUAA